AUGGAUCACAUUGUGAUGCGGCAAAUUUUCCUGGCUUUUUUCACGCUCAGUGCGAUAUUCGCUGAAGAUCAGGAUACAUUCUCUCAACAGUUUCGUAAGCAGUGCAGUGAAUCAAGUUUGUGCCAGUUUUUCGAAGUACUGAAUGACCUGAAUGACGAAAGUACAAGCGAAUGGAGUAUGCUAAAAUGUGAGUCAACUUUGCUCCACUAG